AUGGAAAGAUUCCAGUCCUCCAUGCGCAAGCGGCUCUACAGCCUGCCGCAAAACAUUGGGCAAAGACCUUUUGGGGUGGACGAAGGAGACAGCGGCGACAAGGACACGAAGAGGAAAAGUAUUCUGCUGAGACAUUUGUCCUCUUUGUCUCCCGCAAGCAGUUGCAGGAGCAUCGAGGGGGGCAGCAGGGAUGCCGCCGGGAAGACCAACUUGAACGGGGACUGUCGCCGUUUUAGGGGCAGCGUCUCUUCCAUCAGCGGGCGUCAUUCGAACGGGUCAGAUCCGGCGGAGCAGCGCUGCCUCAUCCCGGAGGCGGACGGGGGUGCGGGGGACAAUUCCUCCGGGGAGCGCGGCCCGGCAGCCGGGGGUCUGAGCGACGCGCCGCCCGGUCAGUCGUCGGUGUUCGACCAGACGAGUUUUAUCAAGUUGGAAGGGACAGAGCAAAUCAUCCCCGAAGAUGAGCGCCUCUACCAAGCUGGAUUCAUGCACCGACAGUUCGGGGCGAUGCUCCAACCGGGAGUCAACAAGUUCUCACUGCGGAUGUUGGGAAGUGAGAGGGCCGUGGAGCACGAGCGGGAACGCGUCAAAUCCGCUGGAUUCUGGAUUAUACACCCAUACAGUGAUUUUAGAUUCUACUGGGAUCUGACCAUGCUGCUUCUGAUGGUGGGAAACCUCAUCAUCAUCCCUGUGGGCAUCACCUUCUUCAAGGACGAGCACACGCCGCCCUGGAUCGUCUUCAACGUGGUCUCGGAUACCUUCUUCCUUAUGGACCUGGUCCUCAACUUUCGCACGGGUAUCGUCAAAGAGGACAACACAGAGAUUGUUCUUGACCCGCAAAAGAUCAAGAUCAAAUACCUGAAGAGCUGGUUUGUGGUGGAUUUCAUCUCUUCUAUACCCGUGGACUACAUCUUUCUCAUCGUAGAGACUCGCAUUGACUCUGAAUUUUACAAGACUGCGCGAGCCCUGCGGAUUGUACGCUUCACCAAAAUUCUCAGUCUGCUUCGCCUGCUACGCCUCUCCAGACUCAUCCGCUACAUCCACCAGUGGGAAGAGGUUUUCCAUAUGACCUAUGACCUGGCCAGCGCCAUGGUGCGUAUCAUGAACCUGAUUGGUAUGAUGCUGCUGCUGUGUCACUGGGAUGGCUGUCUGCAGUUUCUGGUUCCCAUGCUGCAGGACUUCCCUCCUGAUUGUUGGGUCACUCGAAAUAAGAUGGUGAAUGACACAUGGGGUCAGCAAUAUUCUUACGCCCUCUUCAAAGCCAUGAGCCACAUGCUGUGCAUCGGUUACGGGCUGUAUCCGCCAAUCGGAAUGGCCGACGUGUGGCUUACCAUCCUCAGCAUGAUUGUGGGCGCUACCUGUUUUGCCAUGUUUGUAGGGCAUGCCACUGCCCUCAUUCAGUCGCUGGACUCCUCCAGGAGGCAGUACCAAGAAAAGUACAAACAGGUGGAGCAGUAUAUGUCCUUCCACAAACUUCCCGCAGAUAUGCGGCAGAGAAUCCACGAUUACUACGAGCACCGCUACCAAGGGAAGAUGUUUGACGAGGAGAGCAUUUUGGAGGAGCUGAAUGAACCGCUGAGAGAGGAGAUCAUCAACUUCAACUGCCGUAAACUGGUAGCCUCCAUGCCCCUGUUUGCCAACGCCGAUCCCAACUUCGUCACCUCCAUGUUGACCAAACUACGCUUUGAGGUCUUCCAGCCGGGCGAUUACAUCAUCAGAGAGGGAACCAUCGGCAAGAAAAUGUACUUCAUCCAACACGGGGUCGUCAGCGUCCUGACCAAAAACAGCCAAGACACCAAGCUAUCGGACGGCUCUUAUUUCGGAGAGAUCUGCCUCUUAACCCGAGGCAGAAGGACCGCUAGUGUGCGAGCAGAAAAUUACUGCCGCCUCUAUUCUCUUUCGGUGGACAACUUCAACGAGGUUCUGGAGGAGUAUCCCAUGAUGAGGAGAGCAUUUGAGACAGUGGCCCUUGACCGCCUUGACCGUAUUGGGAAGAGGAACUCCGUUCUUCAGCAUAAAGUCCAACACCACCAAAGUUCCGGCACGUUAAACCUUCAAGAGAACGAGAUUAUCCAAAGGAUAGUGCAGCAUGACCGCGAUAUGGCGCAGUGCACGCGGCUAAUCCAGAACAGCAACGCGCAGAUCUUAAACAUUCCCCCUUCGCCCUCAUCACCCACCCCAGUCAUCUGGGCCCCUCUUGUUCAGGCUCCGCUCCAAGCCGCUGCCGCUACGACGCCGUUGGCGCUGGCUUUGGCUCACCACGCCCAACUGCCCCCCAUCCUCUUUCAUCAUCCUCUCAUCCCUGGCCCCCUAAAAUACCCCAUCAGCCAGCCAAGAAGAACCCAUCCUGGCGUGCUCUCAUCUAGCAUCUGCGGGUCAGUGCCCAGUUCUCCCGUGAUUUCCACUAAAUUCCGCGCAGAGGUUGAAACUCCCAUUCUGGCCUCUGUCAGAGCAUCACAUCUCUCCACGGGGCCCUCGCCCACUGUGACGUCCCAGCCCGUCUUCACCAGCAGUCUGCAGCCCCUGGUCCCUCCCACUCUGACCGCCCACCAUCACCCCCACUCGGACUUGGCCUCGGUAUUCGGCGUCAAUCAGGCCGCCGUCUCCUACACUUGCGCCGCUCAGCUCCAUCCGCAACCUUUCCACGGAGCCAUGACCACCCCGCCUCACUCGGUCGGUUUGCUCCAGCAGGGAGACACGGCGAGACUCGCCGGGAGGUUCCCAGCCCCCUCCUCUUGCGCUAUAAGUCCUCUGAUCUCCAGUUCUGUCAGCCCGAUUCUAAGCCAGCUCCAGCAGAGCUCUCACGCCAUCACGCAGCAGAUGGGGUCAUGUCAUGGCAGCACAGGCAGACUCACCGGCGCUCUGAACUUGCCCCAUUUCCCCAUUAUCACCAGCACACAGUCCUCCGGUAGAACAUCCGGGGCCGCCGCGUCUUUGGCGCAGCACAGCCUGGCUGGCCUCCAUUCGGUUUUCCUGCCGCAGGUUCUUCCCGAGCAAUCUGCCCUCGCUUCCCUGACCCAGUACGGCUCGGCGGAAGCAUCGCCUUGCUACACUCCUCCCCUCCACAGUCCCAGUUUACAGAGUCCUGUGAAGGGAAAGACAGUUUACCAAAGCGAGCCUCCCAAGCCCGAGAACUCUCACAGCCCCCUUACCGUUCAGACCUCAUGCACCAUCAGGGAGAGUAUUGACUCACCAGCCGAGCUCUUCACCCAGGAAAUAAAGACCAUCUCAGGCGCUUACGGCUCUUUACAUUGCACACAAGACCGAUUUCAGGCUAUCGCCUCCAAGGAUGCAACAAGCUCCUCCCCCUCCCUUGUCGCAGCCAGUAAACCCCAGGUCACAAUUCCAGGUCACGCCACUACUGUUACCUGGACGUAUGCAGGACUCGAACCUCAGAACCAGUUUCUAGCUGUAAAUUCGAAUAUGUUAGAGAGCCAAAACAAACUUCCCUCAAGUUUGUGAGGCUGAAUACAUUCCGUCUCUUCAUCCCUUUUUUCGCCACGUUGCUUCUUUAAUCAUAGGAAGUUGGGAUUCAUAUCUAAUUGCAGAUUUCCAUCACAGAAUGUUUGGAUCACUGGUAAGGACGGACUAUUUCUAUAGCAUUAUUUUCUUUCAAAUAGAGUCAUAAAAGCUCAUUUGAUGGGCAUAUGUAGCAUCUCAUGAAAAUAGAAAUUUAUCAAGUUAUGUCUACCAUAUACACAAAAUGUGAUGAUUUCAUCUGUUUCACCCAGUUUUCCCUCUUUACCUUUUGUCGUCACUUAUUUACAGCUGAAAAUAUUGUCUUUAAAAAAAAGAAAGUUUCCCCAUCUUCUCAGCUAUGAAGUUACACUUAAGAGGACUUGAGGGGCGCCUGUGCUCUUUGGUGGUUUUCAGACAUUGUGUUCAAGUUGUUCACGCUGGAUGUUGGACUUCUCCAAGGAUUUAUCAAAUUCACAAAUGAACUUUCUAGGCUGGUGAUCAGAGGAAUUCAUUUGUGGGUGACUUCAGGGUUUUACGGGGAAAUUUACAACCAAGAUGAAGAAAAAAUACCUCUAAUAUGGAGGCUGUGGUUAGAAAAGAUGACUUCUGUCUUCGAAGUUGUUUCAGCAAUAUUGCACGGCCGAACGGGGCACCCAAAUCUGAUCAU